CGGUGUGGACUCGCUGGAACUGAAGGCUCCGAGAUGCUGGAAUUGACGGCGCUCCUUGCGGUGACCGUGGUGGUAGCGGUCACAGCCGUGGUCGUGUCCAGGAAGUGGCGCCUCUGGAGCGAGAUAGACAAGCUCCCUGGAGCGGUGGCUAUGCCCCUGCUGGGCAAUACAUACAAGGUUCUCUUCCUCCCUCGUGAAGAUCUAAUUGCUUUCGCGGACGAACAAACCAAGAAGUACUGGCCCAUACAUCGAACAUGGAUUGGUCCUAAACCUGAAGUCCACAUAAGCAAACCAGAGCAUCUUGAGAAAAUAAUGACGAGCAGUGAACUGAUAACUAAAGCAGACAGUUACAGUUUCCUGCAUCCGUGGUUGGGGGACGGUCUGCUCACCAGCACAGGGAAGAAAUGGCAUUCUCACCGCAAGAUGAUAACGCCCGCCUUCCACUUCAGCAUCCUGGACAAUUUCGUAGAAGUAUUCGCAGAGAAAGCCGAGGUUUUCGUAAACUUACUCAAGACGAAAGCUGACGGGCAGUCGUUCGACAUUUACCCCUACAUCACACGCUGUGCCCUCGACAUAAUAUGUGAAACUGCUAUGGGGACCUCAAUCGACGCACAGCACAACAUCGAUUCUGAUUAUGUAGCAGCGGUGUACAAUAUUGCCGAGCUCACAAUUAAGAGAGUCGUCAGGCCAUGGCUUCUGAGUGACUUCAUCUUCCGCAUGUCUCCGACGGGGAAGAAGUUCUACAAGCAGCUGGAUGUUCUACACGGAUUUACCAGGAAGGUCAUUCAACAGAAGAAGCAGUCGAGAAAGACCAAAAAAAGUGACGAAAAGGCGUCACAGUACGACGAUCUUGGGAGAAAGCGACGUGUGGCCUUCCUGGACAUGCUACUCGUCGAGUCUGAGGAUGGGCAGAAACUAACCGACAAAGAGCUGCAGGAGGAAGUGGACACUUUUAUGUUUGAGGGUCACGACACGACCACAGUUGGCAUGUCCUGGGUUCUCAUCUUGCUGGGGCACCAUCCAGAUGUACAGGAGAGAGUAUACGCCGAAAUGAAAGAUAUAUUCCAAGACGACCAGAGAGCACCGACAAUGCAGGAUCUGAAUAACAUGAAAUAUCUUGAAAUGGUUAUCAAGGAAUCCUUGAGAAUUUAUCCAAGUGUGCCUUUCAUCCAACGCAGGGCCACUCAAGAUGUACAAAUAGCCGGCUACAACAUCCCGGAGGGUACCACACUGACGCUGCACAUCUACCACGCCCACCGUGACCCCGACCACUGGCCGGACCCGGAGCGCUUCGACCCGGACAACUUCCUGCCGGAGAGGGUGCAGGGCAGGCACCCAUUCGCCUACGUGCCCUUCAGCGGAGGACCGCGCAACUGCAUUGGCCAGAAAUUCGCCGUCCUUGAAGAGAAGACAGUGCUGUCGUACAUCUUACGCAACUUCCGCGUAGAGACGGUGGAGAAGCGGGAGGACCUGAAGCUGAUAGGCGAGCUGGUGUUGCGGCCUUUCAAGGGCGUCUUCCUCAGGCUGACUCCGCGGUAGAAGGGUUCCUCCUGGUAACAGCCGGGGCAAAAACUGAACUGCAGCCCAGCGUGACCAGGGCACCAGACGCACCACACAAAACGAAUCUACUAACUAACGAGACAACAAUAUACUCGAUUUUUCCAAUUAGACAGAAAGUAGCAUUUCACGAUCCCAAACUGUGCAUUAGUUGAUACUAGGGUCUUUAACAAGUACACACAAGUUUCUAAGCAAGCGCCUUCUUCAGUGUUUCUAAAAUCAUCUACAUUAUAUCCAAGCAUCCUCUUUUUCACUGCUGGACUACACAUCACAUGUUUCAUAAAAACAACGGCAGCGUUCAAAAAAAAAAAAAAAUCCAACAUGAAUGACAGUGCUGUGAAAACUGUGUCUGUACUUUGCACUGACGAGUAUCAGAUUAAUACUGAAGCUCUGCCUCUUUCACAUCUAAUUUUGGAAAAGGUACAAAAAGCAUGUGGACUUUUAAGAAAUUAAUUUUUUGUACAUUUGAUAUACUUUGCCUCAGUUCUUCGAAAUUUUAAGGAAAACAUAUCAAAGCUCUCUGCCGUUUGUCUCAUUCGCAUAUUAAUUGCUCUAUGGGUGCCAAGAAUAUUACACUACAAUCAGUAUUCAAUGUUGAAGAUUAUAGGACUGCAUUUUAAUGGUCAAAAUUACGAACGUAUCUAGUGUCCAUGUUUUUGUAGAUGAUGUAUGACAUUUGAUUUUUAUUAUUAUAUAAGGUAAUUGUGUACAGUUGACAUAUAUUUGUAAAAACGGAAGUAUAUGGCAAAUAAGGAAAGGCAGUAGUACUACGAUUAUAGUUAUAUGAAACUGAUAUUACACGUAAUCUUCUAAGUAUCUUGUAUAUUCAAUACAUACAUAAUUUAUA